UGUAUAUUAAUAUUUAAUAUUUAUGUGUUUGUUAUUUAAAUAUCCGCAUUUCAAUAAUAUAAUUAUAGAACAGAGCUCUUCGGGAAAAUGACUUUCAUAAUUAUUUUCAGGCAAAUAUUGUUGAUAUUUUGAUAUCACGCAAAGCGAUAAAACUUAUGACACAAAUAUUUACGUAAGACGAUAAGAGGCAAGUGAUAUUUUUGUAUUUAGGACAUAACGUACCGAAGAUUUUGUUCAGUUAGUUUCAGAAGUUGUCUUAGAAGCGUUCAUUGCCGUUUAAAAAAAUGAACAUUGCCAAUAUGAAAAACAUCAAAAUCAUCGCUGUCGAUGUGAAAGAUAUAAGAUUUCCGACAUCGUUAAAUCGCGAUGGGAGCGAUGCAAUGCAUACUGAUCCCGAUUAUUCUUGCGUAUAUGUAACAAUUAAAACCAAUAAAAAAGAAUAUGAAGGAUAUGGUCUUACGUUUACCCUGGGAAGAGGAACUGAAAUUGUUGCGCAAGCAUGCAAGUCUUUAGGCUGCAUCGUAUUGUAUCGAAAAUUAAAAUGGAUCUACAGUAAUUUUGGGACGUUCUGGAGACGUUUAACGAGUGACUCGCAAUUAAGAUGGGUCGGACCAGAGAAAGGCGUAAUACAUCUAGCUACAGCAGCUAUUACAAACGCAUUGUGGGACUUGUGGGCGCGUAUCGAGGGCAAACCUGUUUGGAAGCUUCUUUCAGACAUGUCACCAGACGAACUUGUUUCCGUUAUAGAUUUCAGAUACAUUACAGACGUAGUGAACGAGCAAACCGCGAGAAGAAUACUCGAGGAUAAACAGGAACUUAGGCAAGAGCAAGAGAAGAAACUGCUGGAGAAUGGAUAUCCUGCGUACACCACACAGGUCGGGUGGCUAGGUUACAGUGAUCGACAGCUUGAGGAUCUCUGCGAGAAGUUCUUGAACCUCGGUUACACGGCGUUCAAGAUCAAAGUGGGCCAGAAUCUGCAGGAUGACAUUAGGAGAUGCGAGGCGAUACGCAGAGUAAUAGGCUACAAGAACAAAUUAAUGCUGGACGCGAACCAGGUCUGGGAUGUGAAUGAAGCAAUCGAGUGGAUGGAGAAGCUGGCAAAAUUCGAACCCACUUGGAUAGAAGAACCGACCUCUCCCGACGAUAUUUAUGGACAUGCCGAGAUACUCAGCAAGUUAAGACCGCAUGGUAUCGGGGUGGCCACCGGCGAGAUGUGUGCAAAUCGCGUUAUGUUCAAGCAAUUCCUGAAAUCCCACGCAAUUAGUUAUUGUCAAGUCGAUUCGGCAAGGAUUGGUGGGAUUAACGAGAUUUUGGCUGUAUACCUAAUGGCAUACAUAACUAAAAUACCAGUUUGCCCACAUGCUGGUGGAAUAGGCUUAUGCGAGAUGGUUCAGCAUCUUCAAAUGUGGGAUUACAUUUGCUUGAGUCAGACCACCGAAAAUCGUAUAAUAGAAUUUGUGGAUCAACAGCAUGAACACUUUAUGGAUCCUGUUUGCAUCAGGAAUGCAUGUUACAUGCCACCCAUGCAUCCCGGAUACUCGACUAAACUUAAGGAAGAGAGCAUCAGAGAAUAUGUUUAUCCAGAAGGCACUCGAUGGAAAAAUAAGAUUGUCGAAGAAAAAGAAACCGAGGAAAGCGAUUAAAGAUUAUAAAGAAAUUUCUUAUAAAAGUUAGCUAUAAUUCGUUUAUGAAAACAAUCUGCAUAAAACUGCAUAUAUGCAUAUUAAAAUAUAAAUUAUAUUUAAUAUAUAUAUAUAUAAAUAAAAUGUAACAUCUUACUUAAUUUUCAAUAAACAAUAAUCUUUGCCA